AUGAAAGCCCAGUCCAGUGACCCCGUCAUUCACCUCAGCGAUCACUUGACCAAGUCCACCGCUAUGAAUGACCACAAUGCUCCGUUGUCUCGCCUUAUAAUAAUAACUACAAAGAAGCGUAGUCUACUCCGUGGUUUAUUUGAAUAAAAUAUUCAAGCAUUCAAGAAUGCCAUCUUUGUUGUCAUUCACUGUCUUUGUUUCUUGUUUGGUCUUACCUCGCCCUAUGGCCGAUACAAUAGGGACUUGCCAGAUGAGAUUCACCGUUGAUAUAUGGGAAUUGUGUAUAUAAACGGAUUUCUUGCUCGUUCCUUCCGUUUUCGAAUAUAUAGGACCUGUCAGGGUCGCCCCUUCUACUUUCGUCAAACGGUCCUGGAUUUCAUCCAGCCCUAUCAAUACACUACACCUAGAGCAUCAAUUACCUCCAUGCCAACGACAGCGACAGCGACAACGACAACAACAACAACAACAACAACAGCAGCAACACCAUCGACAAUGGCCCUCCUCGCCCAAGAAGAGGAAAUGAACGCAACCCUCCAAGAAGCUCUAGCAUGCAUCACCUGCACCCUGCAUCUCACCAAAGCGAGUAUGCGCCGGGAUCUCAAAGCGGGUAUGUACGAUCCGGCGCGCGAUCCGCCGUUUUCGCAUUCACACGCGAAGGCCUGUCCGAGCGAGGGAUGUGGGGAGGAUCAUGAUUCGGAUUACUUCGAUUCCGACGACUCUGGAUCUGGAUCUGGAUCUGAGAAUCAGUUUGAUUCGGGCUGUUACUCUGGAGAAGAAGACGACGACGACGACGACGACGACGACGAAGAAUGGGACGAAGGGGAAGGAAUAUCCCCCCUCUCGACACCAACGCCCAAGAAAACCCCACGAUAUGCGCGUCUGAUCACGCCGCUUCAACGACUCUCGUAUCAAUCUUGUGUUUCGGACGUUCUCGGCCAAGGACGGAAACAGGGACUUGAACCGGUCAAGUCAGUUAAAAGCGAUGAAGAGGAUGAAGAUCUUCGCUUUGCAUAUUACCAAGUCGACUACCAUAUUCACCUUCACGACCGCGCGCGUUGUAGCAUGUUGACGCUUUGUCGUGAUAUUGAGGAUGUGAGGCAGUUGCGUGGGUGGGAGAUUGAGAUGGGGCAGUUGGAUGAGGUAGAGGCUAGAGUAGUCGAUGAGUCUGAUACUACUACUACUGCCACUACUACUAAAGCAGCAGCAACAACAGCAGAAAACGAACUCUUCACAGUCCACCAGAUAGCACUGUGGAAACGACGCUGGCGACUCCGCCAAAAACGCGUCAACGAUGUGAGAAGAAAAUGGGCGCAGAUCAUGGUAGAGCGCAAGAGACAGCGCGAGGAGCUGCUGCUGGAAAGAAGAAAGAUGUUUCGCGCCAAGGUGAAGUUGUAUACCUGGAAGGAGGGAGAUAAAGUGUUGCUCAGGGAGUUGAGGUUGUAAUUUACCAGUUAGUUACCAGAAGAUACCCCGAAAUCAAUUGAUAUGUUCAAAUCCACCAAUCCAAUUCAAAACGCCAUAUAAAACCACCAAAGGCUCUAAGCCUGCUCAACACCUGUC